AUGUCAUCGACAUCAUCUGACAAAAAGAUUGUUGAUGAAGAACAAGAUGAAUUUGAAGCAUUUCAAAGUUCAGUUACUGAUCAAGAAGAUGAAAUUGAUAUUAGAGAUCCAUCAUCUCAUUUAUCACCAAAUCAUAAAGAUCCUGAAGUUAUGCCAAUUCAUUCUAAAAAAUUGCCUCCUGUACAUUUUAAAUUUUGUGUUUCUUGUGGAUACAAACAAGCAUUUGAACAAUUUUCAUCUGUUAUCCGUGAAAAAUAUCCAAACAUUGAGAUUAGUGGUGAAAAUUAUCCUCCCGUAUAUUGGAAGUCAUUAAUAGCACAAAUUGUAGGAAUAGCUAAAUUUGCGUUUAUAUUUCUUAUUAUAUCAGGAAAAGAUCCUUUACUUAUGAUUGGUAUUUCAGUUCCAUCAUUAUCAAAUUGGUAUAUGAAUAAUAAAAUCUCUUCAUGUAUGAUGAUAUUUAUGUUGUCAAAUUUAGUUGAAGGUAUGAUGAUGUCUACUGGAGCAUUUGAAAUAUUCCUUGGCGAAGAAAAAAUAUGGAGUAAAAUAGAAAGUGGAAGAGUACCAUCUCCCAAUGAAUUAUUAACUAUUCUAGCACAAAACUUAGAAAUAAAUGGAGUUCAUGGUUCAAAUUCCUUUAGUCAAUUUAAUUUUAAUGAAUAA